AUGUCAAUAAUCAGAGGUAUGCCGCUCACAUCUCAACCCCGAAAUGAUACUGGAAUUAAAAUGUUUCAUUGCCUAAAGCGAAGCCUCGGCAUUGUUGAGCAGGAAAAUGGACCCGAUGAAAGCGAAGGAUUACCUACCACGCUAUUCAUAGUACUGUCGGUUUUGGUAUGCAUAGUGCUACUAAUGGGUGCCAUAGUUCUUAAUUGGGCCAAGAGAAAGCAGAAGAGGGAGGAGGAAAAGCAACUUGAACUGGCGAAAAAGUCAGCAGAGCAACUCAGCCAUUCAUCCACGACUGAGGAGCCGUCAACAAGUUAUGGAGAUAUUCGAGGUCCCUAUGGCUCGAAGGAAAUUUUAGAGACUUUACAAGGCUUAGGAUCAGAUGAAGCAUUCAAAGCUAGCGGUUCAAGAGAACAGGCCAAAGCGAGCGCUCCAAAGGAAAAGCAUCGAACCGGCUAUUCUAAAGAAAAGUUUCUAGUCAGUGGCUCUAUGGAAACGGUCAAAGUGGGAGGCUCAAAAAAGUUUGGAGCUGGUGGCUCAAAGGAAAGAUAUCGAGUGGAGGGCUCAAAGGAAAAGUUCUCGAAGUUGGCGACUCUAAGGAAACGCUCAGAGUAA